GAAAGGUGCUGUGAAGAUAACUACCUUUUUGAGUCUGAUCCCUCCUGUCCUAUUGGCUGUUGGUAAUAAAGUAAAUGUCUAUGAAUUCACAAUUGCUGUACGUUUCUACACUGGGGUAUGCACAGGACUAAUCUCCGUUGUUGUUCCUCUGUAUCUUGGAGAGAUCGCCCCUGGAAGCGUGAGGGGAGCUGUCGUCAUGAUGUCCCAGCUAUUUUAUUCUUUAGGCCUCUUUAUGGGUCAGCUAAUUGUUGCUAAAGACAACUUUAAAAUGCGAGGAGGUUACGUGAUUGUGAUGGGCAUUUCUGGGGUCAUGCCAAUUUUUCAGAUCAUACUACUACCCUUCUUUCCUGAAAGUCCGAGGUAUCUGCUCAUUCAGAGGAAGAAUGCAGAGAGUGCAAGGGAAGAACUGAAGGUGCUGAGAGGCAAGGAUGAUGUGGAGAAUGAAAUGAACGAACUCCGUCAGGAGGACCUCUUUGAGAAAGCAGAAAAGAACAUGACUACUGCUAAACUGCUAUCAUCCCCAAACCUGAGAACGCAGGUCAUCACCAUAGUUGCCUUGACAGGUGGUGCACAGCUUGACGGCAUUGGUGCG